GAUGAAUGGGCCGUUUCGCGGUGCCUUCCUCCAUUCAAUAGGAACAGCGGCGGAGGAACACUGGUCGUUAAAAGCAGCUAGGACAAACAAAAUACGUAAUACCAUGCUACAGCUGAUGGAAUUACAGAUUUGAUUGUCAGAACGGUGCGAGGUGUGCCGUUACCGAAGCACGUCAUUCUUGCAAUACGUAAAUUACAAUCAGCUUGAUAAUUCGUGGGAAUGAUGACGCUUGCAUAACAAUUGAAUAGCGAGAUAUCAAUUUCAGCAGCAUAUUCCUCAAUUGUUGUGCUGGAACAACCGCUGACGUUGACAGAAGAACUCCGGAAAUCAUGGUAAAAAACGGUGGGCCGUAAAAUUGGUCGACGACAACGAGGUGUCAAGUGACGACCGACUGAAAAAGUAAAUGCUGGCAUUAGCAGAAAGCAGGCUCUGCGGUGGACGUCUAGACGAUAACGUCGGCCGCUCCUCCGUUCAGAAGUUGACAGUUCGCCCUCGCGGCGCGAGUAGAUCUGUGAGCGGAUCUGUAUCCUGAGAGGCCUGCGAUCAGGGACGUUGAGUUCACAGGGAUCGCGGGGAUCGAGGAGGGAUCGUAUAACCCUCGGAGCACUGAUUCGUAGGCAGGAGACAGGGGAUUGCUCGGGUGUUCGGGGCGGGUCGGAGCGAGGGGUUCGUAGAAUCGUAGUCGUUCGGUCGUUCGUAGGCUGAGAGUGGAGUGCGGGCCGCGGGGUCAUUCGGGGGGCAGAGGCGGAUUGGGGCGCUUCCUGUAGUUGGCGCUAGCCUAAAAAAAGUGAGUACAGUGCAGAGGAAAAGGUGAACAAAAAAAAAGAGAAAAAAAAAUAUAUAUCGAGUGAAAACCACGAAGAUUGAGUAACGAAUAAAGGAAGUCAGAAAACGGGAAGAGUCGCGGUCGAAUGUCUUUUCAAUGCAGCGAAAAUGGUGAAGUUUGGGAAAAAGUGGGCAUCGAGUAAAGGCUUUGACAGCUCGAAUCAUGACAGAGGCGUCGGAGGAUGGUAACUAUCUAGUAAGGGUCAGGGCCCAGGUCAUGACAAGGGAUGACAGCUCCGGAGGAUGGGUGCCACUUGGCGGCGGGGGAUUAUCCAACGUUUCAGUGAGACGAAGGUCCCCCUCCGCCGCUGGGGGGCACCCCAACAUCGGCAACCCUGGGCCAGGAAUACCCUCAGCCUUGACUACUUCGCCUCCCUCUGCACCUAGUAUUGCCUCAAAUCUUGGCUCCACAUCCCAUGACUCUACUACGACCUCGCCGCCAGGAGCUACAGACGGCAAACACGAAUACCUCAUCUAUGGAAAGCGAUUAUCCGAUCAAACGGUUGUUCUUAGCUGCACAAUUAAAAAAGAUUUCGAAUACAACAAAGUGAUGCCUACUUUCCACCACUGGCGUACGGGAGAGAAAAAAUUUGGACUUACAUUUCAAACUGCAGCAGAUGCCAGGGCGUUUGACAAGGGCGUAAGGACAGCGGUUGAAGAAUUGCUAGAAGGUCUUGCCGAAUCCUCAUUGUGUGGGGAUCAUUCAGACGUUGGAGAUGACGAAGUUUUCAUGACCCUCAACCUACCCGUAGAUUCAGUGGAUCCCCGUCCAUCUUCGGAAGCCCAGAGAGGAGCAGUUCGAAAGCCCAAUCAUCAUCACUAUUCCCAGUGUUUGGAUCUUGCCUCGGAUCCGCACAGACCUCCGCCGAUUCACUAUAUCGGCGGUCCUUCGGCAAAGCCGCUUCCUCCACCUCACCACCCUCUUGAGUCUACAACGGACGUCGGCGUGGACAACUAUCCCUACGUCCAACUGACAAAUCUUAACCACGAAUAUCAGUACCCCGUUAUCGAAGACCACAAGGUCGGCCGAUACGACAGACGGAGCUCAACGAGUUCCUUGAAAAAACCGGAUGUCAUAGUCUCACAGCUCACUAAGAGUUGCGGGAAAAGAGGUAACAGCAGCGUUAGACUGAGGUGCAAACAUUGCCAGGAACUUUACUCCGAACAGCACAAUCCCAUGGGCGCAUGCGAGUAUGCACCUGAUCCUGUUAGACGAGGCAUCGCCACGGUCUCCUGUCUCUCCUGCGCGCAGUGCAUGCUCUAUCAUUGUAUGAGCGAUGCAGAGGGGGACUUCGCGCAAAAUCCAUGCAGUUGCAGUACGGAGGAAGGCUGCGGUCGCCGCUGGUUCGGCUUGGCUCUCUUGUCAAUGAUAGUGCCCUGCUUGUGGUUCUAUCCACCACUUCGGGCGGUUCACUGGUGUGGGAUGUCAUGCGGGUUGUGCGGAGGUCGCCAUCAUCCCAUGGAAUAACUGGAGGAGCCCUUUGAUAUCUCUGUUCCGUUCUCCGUUGAGUACGCUUCGCGAAAACUCGCCAUUGCAAACGUCUACCAUUGCCACGAUCCUGGCAUGGGUCGACGUCAGAGAUAUCAGAGGGGUAGACAGCUUCCGGUACACGCCCUCGUGCACCAAUGUCGCCUAUAAGCAGCUCCCUCAAAGGCAACUGAAUACGGGCGAUAAAAGGGAGCAAGGUGUUACCGGAAUUAGGUCUUUUGCGACUGCUUCGAUAAUUAUUAUUUUUCUGCAUAUCCACCGCCGAGCAAGGAAAGAAAGGUAUAUACGGACACAGGUACACCCCUUCUUUCCUCAAUUUUGUUAUCCUACACGUAUUACACGGAUCUUAUUCGUUAGUUUGCGUUCAUCGUGAGAACUGCUGCACUUUUUUAAGGCUUGUGUCUGGGGAAUUCAAAAAAAUUGAAAGAACAAAAAGGAAGGCCGUAAUAUUUAACAAGUAUCAAUGACGCAGUUAGUAUAGGUUGUGUACUACGUCAAUUUUCGAUAACCGACAAACCAGUUUUCUCUGAAAUUUAAUCCUUACUUUACCUUCUUUUUUAUACAUUUUGCUUCUCGAUAUUCAGUGACAAGUUCGGAAGAUCCGAGUUUCAAAAGUUUAUCAGUUAAAAGAAGAAAUAUUCAAAGUAUAAAAAUGAAGGCGUUGGAAAAGUUCAAAAAUAUUUGUUGCUGCAUGACCUGUAUGCAUUCACAUUAAAGUGAGAGAAGUAUAGGAUUAUGUAUAGCGUGUAAAGGAAGGAGCUUUUUCAGAUGAAUAUUAGUGUAUUCGAUUUUGUAUUGACUUUUUUACAGUUUUGUAUAUUCAAAAGGCGACGAUGUGUUCCUAAGGGCUCAGAGGAGCACAUUGAUCGUCUUUUGCUUUAGAAUAGCACGCUUAGGUUAAAUAUUGCUUUACAACAAAUACAUAUUCAUUAUAUCUAUAUAUAUAUGUAUACGUACAUAUGUGUAUAUAUAUAUUCGAGUAUAAAAAACACACCUACCUAUAUGUAUAAUGAUAUAUGUAUAUACUAUAGAUAGAUAUUUAUUUUGUUAACUAGUAAUGUAUAUCCAACAUCCAGUGAAAAAGUUUCACCAAUUAGUUGUUACUAUUAUCAUCUUCAUUAUCAUCAUUAUCUAUUAUUAUUCAUUAUUAUUAUUCAUUAUUAUUAUUAUUAUUGUUGUUGUUGUUGUUGUUGUUGCUGUUAUUGUUAUUAUCAUCACUAUUAUUAUUCACUUUCAAGUUUUUAUUAAUCCUAUUGUUUUGACAACUCUGAUUGUUAUUGUUAUUAUUAUCACUAUUACUGCUACUAUAAUUAUUGUUAUUGUUGUAUGAAAGGGGCUAAAUUAUUCUGCCAUAGUGAUUCGAAAGAAAGAAGAUAAAAAGACAGAAUGUUGAAACGAAUGAAUAAUACGUUUCAACGCAAAGAAAAAAAUUGUACUUUGUAAGCGGACGGAGUAAUAAUAAUAAUAAAAAUAACACUAAUGAUAAUAAUAAUAAUAAUAAUAAUUAACAAUUAAUAAUUAAAUAAUUAAUAAAUAAUACAUAAUAACAAUAACAAUAACAAUAAUAAUAAUAAUAAUAAUAAUAAUAUAAAUUAUUGAUUGGCCCGCUACCGAGGUGCUCUGUUCUACCCUUUAAACGACCCCUCACGUGUUGCAAAUCACAGCUGGUAACGUAUAUAUAUAUAUACAUGGGAAUAUUUGAAAAAAAAAUCAACUUACCCUUACGUGUUUUAAUAAUAAUAACAAUAAUAAUAGUGAUAACAACAGAAACACCAACAACAACAAUAAUAAUGAUAAUGUUAGUAGUUGUAAUAAAUAAUACGUACUAAUUAAUGAUAUAUUAUAUGCGGAAAAAAUACUAUAUAUUUAUCCUAAAAUGAUUUAUCUUUAUUAAAUUACGAACAAGUACAAAGUUUAUGCUAUCCCCGAUUAUAAUUAUGUAAUUACGAAAACCGAAAAACAAAGAAUAAACAAAAAUGAAGACGAAACAAGCAAAGGAGAAAAAUAAAAUCAUGAGACGACCACCACGAGGUAGAACAUGAAAUAAUGAUCCUUGAUUAUGAUGAUUCUUACCAAAUGAGGAUACUUGCUGCGUAAUCAUCUCUAAAGGUGCGACAGCGAUUGUAGGAGAAAAUUGGUAUGAUGAUUUAAUUUAUAGCUUAAUAAUUGAUAAAUACAACAAUUAAAAUAAUGUAAUUAUGGUUUAAUCUUCGAUUGAAAGAAUGAAAAAGAGUGGGAAAUCAUGUGUUACAUAGAGAGAAAGAGGCGCAUGGAAGUUUCAAGGAAUGUCAAAGUAUGUCUUGCUCUUAAGUAUUACAGAAUAUAUAAAAAUAUAAAUAUUGUACACCUAUAAAAUGUGUCCACGUACGCGUUUAAUCAUCUCUGUAUCAAAAGUUUGAUUGAGAUAACAGCGAAAUGAAUAAUAAUUAUUAUUAUAAUUACAAUAAUGACAACAAUAAUAAUAGUAGUAAUAAUAUCCCAAACAACAAUAGUAAUAGUAAUAACUAUAGUAAUAAAAGAUACCAAUGUUAACAUUAAUUGUAACAGUAGUAAUAACAAUAACAAUAACAAUAGUAAUAGUAAUAGUAAUAAUAACAACGUAAAGAACAGAAGGAAGAAAAAGAAUGAUUACAUCAAGAAAAUAAACAAUAACAAUUCAACUAAAAACAAAAAAAUUUAUAGCGAGUAAAACGAUAGUAAUAAAACAAUACCACCGGUAAAAAAAAAAAAACACGGAUGAAUAAAUAAAUAUGUGAGCACUUGUGACAAAAGAAUGAUCGGAGUAAAGAAAAGUAACGUGAAUCAACGUGGGACGAAGAAAAAACGAAAAAAACAACUGAAACAAGAGGAAAAGAUUUUGUAUAAAAUAGCAAAAUCUUAAUAUUAAUAAUUGUUCGCUGGUGACAAAAUAAUUGAGAAAUAACAACUUGAUAAAGAUGAAACAAAAAAAAAAAAAAUAUAAAAAUCACAGAAAAGGAAGAAAUAUGUACGCGUUUUGAAUACGUGUGUGUAAUAAAUAAAAACUUAUAAGGAACGCGUACGAAUGACAAUGAACAUGACAUACAAAACGUACAUGUGUAAUAUAUUUGAAAACAAUAACAAAAAAAAUAAAUAAAAAAACAAGAAGAAAGAAAUGAACAUUGUCGUCGGGGGUUUCGAUGUUGAUAUGAUAAAACUUCUAUAGUUAUGCAUGUAAUAAACGUUGUCUAACUCGAGACUCCUGCUAUUUAUGGUAUAUUAUUAUUUAUAUGUAAAAAAGAAAAAGAAAAAAAAACCUAAUUAAUGAA